AUGGAGAAGCCCUGUGAAUCUAACGGGCACGUCGGCAAGUACCCUGAGUACUCGGUCUGCGAAGUGGAGGACGCAGGGGAAGCGGCCAAGCCUGCCCGGGGGCAGAGAUGUACCCGGUUCCUGAAGAAGAACGCCAUAGUGAUCCUCACUGUGUCCGGGGUGGUGCUUGGGGUUGGUUUGGGGACAGCAGUAAGAAGCAUGAACCUGACCAAGGCACAGAUGACUUACUUCGCCUUCCCGGGAGAGAUGCUGCUCAGGAUGCUGAGGAUGAUCAUCCUGCCGCUGGUUGUGUGCAGCCUGAUCUCAGGGGCUGCCAGUCUGGACACCCGGUCGCUGGGCAAGCUAGGCGGGAUUGCAGUGGGCUACUUCUUGGUGACUACCCUGAUGGCAUCAGGUUUGGCCAUAGCCCUUGGCUUCAUCAUUAAACCGGGUGCUGGGGCAGGUGCACUAAACUCCAACGCGCUGGGCAUUGAGGGCACGGUGACUACCAACAAGGAGACAAUCGACUCGUUCCUAGACCUGGCCAGAAACUUGAUGCCUUCCAACCUUGUAGCUGCAGCGUUUCGAUCGUAUGCCACUGACUAUGUAACCUACACCAGGAACACUACCGAUGGCAAUGUCACAAUUGAAAAGGUGCCUGUGGGUGCGGAAGUCGAUGGGAUGAAUAUUUUAGGACUGGUCCUCUUUGCACUUGUGCUGGGAGUGGCGUUAAAAAAGUUGGGGCCAGAAGGUGAAGAACUUAUAAGAUUUUUUAACGCCUUUAACGAAGCCACCAUGGUUCUCGUGUCCUGGAUUAUGUGGUAUGUUCCUGUUGGAAUUAUGUUUCUCGUUGGAAGCAAGUUUGUUGAAAUGGGGAACAUUGUGCUUUUGGUGACCAGCCUGGGGAAAUAUAUAAUGGCCUCCAUCCUGGGUCACAUCAUUCAUGGAGGAAUAGUGCUUCCGCUGAUAUAUUUUGCGUUUACACGUAAAAACCCAUUCAGGUUCCUGUUGGGGCUGAUUACACCCUUUGCAACAGCCUUUGCAACAUGCUCAAGUUCUGCUACCCUCCCGACCAUGAUUAAAUGUAUUGAAGAAAACAAUGGUGUCGAUAAAAGGAUUAGCAGAUUUAUCCUUCCCAUCGGGGCCACUGUGAACAUGGACGGAGCUGCCAUCUUCCAGUGCAUGGCUGCGGUUUUCAUUGCUCAGAUGAACAAUUAUGAACUUAAUGCCGGACAAAUCUUCACUAUUCUCGUCACUGCCACAGCAUCCAGCGUAGGAGCAGCUGGCAUCCCUGCAGGAGGCGUUCUCACCAUAGCAAUUAUCCUGGAGGCUAUCGGACUCCCCACAAAUGACCUGUCGCUGAUACUGGCUGUGGACUGGAUUGUGGACCGCACUACCACAGUUGUAAAUGUUGAAGGAGAUGCUCUCGGUGCGGGAAUUCUUCAUUAUCUGAACCAAAAAGAAAUCGCGAAGAACCAGCAGGAACUCAAGGAUGUUUAUGUAGAGGCUGUGCCAAACCUCAAGUCGGAAGCAGAGACAUCUCCUCUAGUAAUGCAUAGGGACCAGUCUUUAAAUCCUCCUGAUAUUAGUGUUCCAGAAUCAAAGGAAUCUGUCCUGUGAUUGGCUACAUAAGAC